AGCAGAGGUGCUUGAAGAAGCCAUUGAACAAAAGGAAGACGAUCCAAAGUGGUGACAGAAAUUAAUUGAGGACCUUGUGAAGCUUAUGACGAGGUUUAUCUCGCCGCAAGCAAACUAUUAGAAACUAUAUCAGCGAUGUUUAUGGAGCACGAUGUGUAGCUAGAAAAAUUACAAUCAGUCCACGAAUGUUCGUUUCGCCUGGGCAUCACUGCUGGUUCUACAAUAAUUCAAGAUCGUGACACGUUCAUGCGACGUCAAAAGUCUACAGAACGUAGACUUUGAGGAUAUAGAGCGAUGACUGGUAUUGAUGAUAGAAUACGAAUCGCUCUAGUUUGCUUCGCUAGCUGAAACAUAUCCUAAGAAACGAUUACCUUUUCCAUUAGAAAACCUUUUGCUGGCAAUGGCGAUGAAUUCAAACUACUUUGGUUUGCCACUCAACCUGGAUAGGGCAUGUAGGAUAUGCCUUUCAGAGAGUACCAAUCUAUCACCCAUAUUCUGCAGUGAUCCAGCAACAGAUGAUUUCUCUGGGCUUUAUCAGAAAAUACAAGUUUGUGGCUCGAUAGAAAUCCGGGAACAGGAUGGAUUGCCUUCACUGAUCUGCGACGUUUGUAUCUACAAAGCAACAGUUGCUCAUGAAUUUCGACAACAGUGUCAGAAUUCUGAUUCGCGAUUGCGAUUAUACUACAAUAAGCCUGCAAAGUCGAAUGUAACGGAUUCGAGCACACAAACCGAUCCACAAACCCGAAUUAUUCUGACAAAAAAAUCAGCUAAUCCUCAGGAAAAUUAUUUUGUCAAAGAAGAAAUGCAGUCGGCGAACGCACAGGAGUUUGUAAGUCCAGUUGAGUCAUUUUCACAGCCUCAGUUAUGCAUAGAAGAAAAUAAAAUCACCAACCACACCAUGGAAGAGGAUAAAAUGAUGAUAUGUAAUAUCGGAUUUGACGGAAACAAAGAUGAUGUUCAACCUGAAAUGUUAGAACAGAAUACACAUCAUUCUUUAUUUCCUCAAAGAGAUUUAGAAGAACCUGGAGAUUUGAUUACGAUAGAAGAAAAACAAACAGAACUCCCAGAAGAAAAAGAAGCAAAUCACAAAGAGAAUGAUAUGCUUACAGAUGAAUAUCUUGUCGUCGGAUUGUUGAAUGAGAAUGUGGAGGAAGAGGAUAAACCUCGAACAAAGCGUACAUUCAGUAGGAAAGCAAAGUCGCUGCCUGUAAAAAGUUACAGUGACGAGGAAGUGAAUGAUGACUACUAUGAGCCGAGCAGCGACAGUCAAGAUUCUGAUGUGAUGAAAUUCAAAUGCAAAGUAUGCUCUAAACGGUACGCCACUCAAAAAGGCUUGAAAAAACAUUCCCUUGUCCACGACAAAAAACACAAGUGCAACAUUUGUUUCAAAAUGUUUUACAAGCUAGAAAAUAUGGAGAAACAUAAAAAGAUACAUGCUUCAAAACCUCACGCAUGUCAGUUAUGCCACGCAUCAUUCUCAAAAUCACAGAGCUUAGUGCGCCAUUUAAAAUCUCACACAGAAAAAGUAAAUGACAUUAUCAAACAAAUUAAUACCGAUGAUCAAAAUGAUGAAAAACAUAAUAAAAAAGAACUGAAGAAUGACGAAGAUACUGACGACGAAGUUGGAGCAGUAAAUGAACCAGACGAAUUUGAAAAUGCCCCAGAGUUAUACAAAUGUGAAGUAUGCAGCCAGUAUUGCUCUUCAUUAAAAAACUUGAAGAGACACACUCUUGUACAUGGUGAUAAAAAAUAUUCUUGUACAGUAUGCAAGAAGUGGUUCUUCCGACCAGAUACUCUCAAGAAACAUGCUGAAAAACAUGGUCAUGGCUUAUUGGACAACUUGGUCGAGGAUAAUAAGUUGUAUGAUUCAGAUGAUGAUUCGUUUUCUAAUCCUCUGGAAAGCUUAUCAACCAGCAACAAUGAGAGUGUCAAGAAAGAAGGAAGUGAUGAAGAUGGUGGUGGAGAAUACAAAUGUCAGCAUUGUGAUAAAGUCAUGGCCUCUAAGAAAGGACUGAGGCGACAUGUAUCCAUGCAUAAGCCAAAAGCUGAACCAGCAACAUGUGAAAUUUGCAAAAAAGUUUGUGCUAGCCAAGCAAGGCUGGCUCUACAUCAGAAGACACAUAAUAAACCUAAAGAAAAGGUACCUAGAGAAUAUUUGUGCCACAUUUGCAGUAAGGUAUAUCCGAGCAACUCGUCUUUAACUUAUCACAUGAGGACUCACACUGGAGUCAAGCCACAUGUAUGCAAAAUAUGUAACAGCGGUUUCACAACAACGACUAGUUUGGCGAAUCAUCUCCGCAUCCACACUGGCGACAAACCAUUUGUUUGCCAUGUUUGUAGUGCAGCAUUUGCCGUCAGCUCAGCUUUUAGACGUCAUUUAACACGUCACACUGGAGAAGCAAAUUACUUAUGCAAAACUUGUGGUAAAGCUUUUAAGAGACUUAGCACAUUAAAAGAACACACUUACACUCAUUCCGGUGAAAAACCAUACGUUUGUAAAACCUGUGGAGCAGCUUACAGCCAUAGUGGGAGUUUGUUCGCGCAUCAAAAACGAUGUCGAGCUCAAUAUGGAGAGAUGGUUGUUGACGACCAUCAUCAUACAGUUUCACAUCAUAUUCAUGUGAAUAACGUUCAAUCCGCUGUUCGCUCGCUUGCAGUUAUUGGUCAGAUGUUCUAAGGAAUCACAUGAUUUAUAGAGAUGAACUCUUAAAUUAUAUCUCCAGGCACAUACAUCGCAAUGAUCAUACUAGCACUUGUGAUAAAUUGUUGUACCCGUGUUUAUUGACAUCAUCUUUUACCAAAAUUUAUAAGACGAUCACUAUCAUUGAUCAGACUCAUAGUAAGAUCUUCUUGAUCUGCCGUUGUCUGUUGUCGGAAAAGGAGUCGUAUAACUUCAUGACAUUAAUCAAGUUAAACUUUGUUUUUCUGGAGCGAUUCAAAGUAUAGGUGAGUCGUUGAUGAAUCAUGAACCCACGUUAUUAUUGCAAUGACUAUUUUACACAUCUUAUUGCACAAAAGCCAACCAGCUCUAGGGUAUGUUUUUUACAUUCAUAUAAGACCAUGUUUUGAAAUAUUUACCGGCAAAAAGAUCAAAUUAAAGUACAAUCCAGAACAUACGCAGGUUUAAGAAAGUUUUGUAUAAUUAUAAGAUGACUAAUCAUCACGAUAUCACAAUUCAUUGUUAUUUUUUGAUCUCAUAAACGUCCACAAUUUGCGCAAUCCAAAUAUGGAAAACUCCCAAGAUAUUAGUUCGUAAGAAUGAAAAGAAAACACUAAAUUGCCAUGAAAAUGUUGAAAAUCUGCUAUAGAGAAAAUGGCAUAAUAUUUCUCUACCAGUAAUGUAAACAACCUACCUAUAAUGAUGCGUACCCAAGAUAGAUUUGUAAAUAAUCCGUUAUAUUUCAUUCAUCAUGUUAAAGAGACUUCAAAAGACUCUCAGAGCUUAGAUACUAAGUGAGCAGCUAUUGUAUUGUAUGGUAGGCUGUAUACGUUUUUAUUUCAUAUAUUGAUGGGUAUGUUGCGAAUGCAUGUAAACGAGUGUACGAGCAUAAUUGAUACGAGUUUCAAUUUAAUGAACUAAUCAGUAUCAAAGAUGGAGUGAAAGAUUGAUUUAGAAACUAUGGUACAAUAAUUCCAUGUUAUUGUAUGCGACUUUUAUAAACAUGCUUCAAUAAUA